AUGGCUUGCUCUAACCUAGCGAGCACUUUGUUUUUCUUGACUCUUCUUGUCACGUCGGCUCGGGCAGCCACCAAUUCUACCCAAUGUCCUUCCAAUCCUUACCAAGACCCGCAGAAUGAUCCGUGCAACUCCCUUGGCUAUAUUGCUAACAAUACGCUCACUGCUGUAGCCUUUGUUUAUGUGCUGCUGGUUGCACUCAUUCAGACUUACCGAAUUAUCUAUAACGGUGCGAAAUGGAUGUUGUCCAUGGUCAUCGGGGAAUACAGCACGUCUCGGUCUUUUGCUUUUUAUUGUCUCGGCUUUGGGUUUCGCUUUGCUUUGCAUGACAAUCCCGAUUCAUUGGGGAUUUACAUUACUGAGUAUUUGAUGAUUGUAUUAUCCCCCUGUUUCUUCAUUGCCGCGAAUUACGUUCUCCUCGGUCGCCUUGCCAGGGAAAUUGACUGCGUUCAUCACGUCUUGCUUCCAGUGAGGCGAAUGACCUUGAUUUUCGUCGUGUCCGACGUGUCCACCUUUGUCAUCCAGGCGGUAGGAGCUUCAAUGACUACGUCCAGAGUUUACAAUUCUGCUUUGACGGGACUUCAUAUCUUUUUGGCCGGCCUCACUUUGCAACUAGUCUCAAUUAUUUUCUUUUGUAUCGUUUAUGCACGAUUCCUCUACAAGGUCCACUCGGAAGAACGGGCUAUUUGGAUGCAAGACUCAAAGCGACACUGGAACAGCGACUGGCGAACACUCUCCGCUGCCAUGGCGGUCAGCUGUAUCACAAUUCUGAUUCGUUCUUUAUACCGUGUUGUGGAGGCUGCUCAGGGCUUUUAUGGCAGUCUUAGCUCAAGCGAGACAGCCUUCUACCUGGGUGAUACAAUCCCCCUUUGCCUGGCCAUCGCCAUGUAUGUUGCAUUUUGGCCCGGAAGGUUCAUACAAGACACGCCAGUGCACCCCUACACCAAAUAA